AUGGGGCAUGGCAUUGGAGUAGUGCUAAUAUCCCCAGAAGGAAAUUAUUACCCAUGUACUGCAAGGUUAGAUUUCAAUUACACAAACAAUAUCGCUGAAUAUGAGGCAUGUGUCAUGAGGUUACAGAUGACCAUUGAAAAGAAAAUUGAAACACUAGAAGUAUAUGGAGAUUUUACCUUGGUAAUUUAUCAACUAAAAGGUGAAUGGGAGACCAGGGACUCGAAACUAGUCUUAUACCAAAAGCAUAUAGCUGGCUUGAGGAAACAUUUUCAACAGAUUCAAUUUCAACAUGUUCCUCGAGAAGAAAACCAGAUUGCUGAUGCCUUGGCCACUUUGGCAACGAUGUUUAAGUUAAAUAAUGGUGUGGGAAUCCAGCCUAUUAGAGUACAAGUGAAAGUUUUACCAGUUCACUGUUCAAAUGUGGAAGAAGAAGUAGAUCGACAACCAUGGUACUAUGACAUUAUACAGUAUAUCAAGUGUCAAAACUACCCAGAAUAG